AUGCAGUGGCAGUUCCCUAUGGAAGCAGGCAUCCUUCUGACUUUAUCCUGUUUGCUUUAUGGUGGAGGUCAUGUUGCUGCCUUUAAACACGACUUAAACGUGGAUGCAAGAUUGAUAAUUAUUUCUGACGGAUGGCCAUCAACAUCAGCAAAUAUAGGGGCUCAAGAAAUCGACAAAAUGAGCAAGGAAUCAUUAUACGAUGGGACUAUUGCGAGAUUAAACUCAUUAAUCAAAACAAUAGGAAAAACUAGCCCUAUUGUAUGUAUUCCUGUGGGAUCUGAUCCAAACAUUAGAAUGACUACUCAUAUUUUGGAUGCAAAGGAAGUAGGUCAAGUAACACGCCAAGAUAUUGGGAGAAUUGCAAGAUUUUCCAGCAUAGAAACUGACUUCACUGAAAGUGAUUUGGAGGACGUCUUCACUAUAGUUAAUGGUUUAAAUGCAUACAAACCACCCACUGUUGAAGAUCUGAAAGAUGAUGAUGAUGUCUUUACUGAACGUCAUGCAAAUCUUCCUACAAUUGGUACAAGAGUAAAACGUGGACCACACUGGACCUAUAAAAACCAAGAUAGUAAUGGACCUGGAACAGUGAUUGGGCACUCUGAAAAAUUUGGUUGGGUUUUCGUGGAAUGGGACAACGGCGUUCGAUUGAGAUACCAGUAUGGAUUCGAUGGUUUGGAUGAAAAAUAUGACAUCGCUACAACCAGUGAACCAAGAGUUCUCAUAAAUGAAUUGAUAGCUGUUGGUUGUUUGGUUAUCAGAGCAUAG